AUGAUAAUUGAGAGGGGAGAAAGGAGGAGAGUCCCCGUUAGACAAACUUCUCAACUUAAUCCGUCAACAUCUACAAUUUCCAAUGCCACCCGUAGACAGACAGUCCCCGUUAGACAAACUUCUGAACUUAAUCCGUCAACAUCUACAGCUUCUAUUAUUGAAACUUGGAAUUUUGGAAGACCGACAUGUGUUUGUGAAUUUUGUGGAGCUCUUCAUUGGUACGAAGAAAGAACGGAAAAGAGUAAACACCCUCAACAUCCAAAGUUUUCUACAUGUUGCAUGGAAGGUCGGGUGCAACUUCCAUUACUAAAAUUUCCACCAACUUUGCUUCAUCACUUGCUUGAUUAUGAUGGAGAUAGUGCAGCAAAAAAAUUUCGUCGUAACAUUAGAAUUUAUAAUGCGGCUUUUGCUUUUACAUCUAUGGGUGGAAAAAUUGACUAUGAAAUCAACAAACAGGGCGGCCCUUAUGUCUUUCGAAUAAAUGGACAGACCUACCACCUACUUGGUUCUUUAUGCCCUGAUAAUGGAGAAAAGCCAAAAUUUGCACAACUUUAUAUACAUGACACCGAAAAUGAGAUCUCAAAUAGAUUAGGUUUUAUCCAAGGUGAUAACCAAAAUAAUAUUCUUCAAGAGAAACUGGUAACAGACAUUUUGCAUAUGUUGGACAAUCACAAUGUCUUGGUAAAAUCAUUUAGGAUGGUCAAAGAUAAAUAUGAUCACCAUAAUGUCGGAGUAUUGAAACUAAGAUUGCUUAGCAAUAGGUCGACUGAUGGGAGACAAAAUAACCUGCCCUCUUGCUCAUAAGUUGCUGCGCUUUUAGUUGAUGAAAGCUCAAAUGAAGAAAGUCAUCGGGAUAUAAUUGUUGAACACAAAACAACUGGUCUUCAGAGAAUUACAGAAUUGCACCCAAGUUUCAUGGCACUACAAUACCCAUUAUUAUUUCCAUAUGGAGAAGAUGGUUAUAGGAUUGGUAUAAGUCAUCGAAAUCCAGAAACAGGGAGUUGUUACAAGCGAAAAACAGUUACUAUGAGACAAUAUUAUUCUUUUCGCUUGCAACAACGAGCUGGAGAGGCACAAACAUUGUUACGGAGUGGGCGUUUGUUCCAACAGUACAUGGUGGAUGCUUAUGCUUCGAUCGAAGAAGUUAGAAUCAAUUGGAUUAGAAAGAAUCAAAAGCAAUUGCGUGCAGAACUAUAUAAUGGAUUGAGAGAUGCUAUUAAUCAAGGAGAUGUCAUGACAAAUUCAGUUGGUAGAAUGACAAUUCUUCCAUCGUCUUAUACUGGUGGACCA